GGGAGUUUGGAAUAAGCAGUUUCAGACAAACAGGCUCCACUUAACCAAAACAAUGUUUGCAGAUUUGGACUAUGAUAUUGAGGAAGAUAAGUUGGGGAUCCCCACUGUACCUGGGACAGUGACCCUGAAGAAGGACUCUCAGAACCUGAUUGGGAUCAGCAUUGGGGGAGGAGCACAGUACUGCCCCUGUCUCUACAUUGUCCAGGUAUUUGAUAAUACUCCAGCAGCCUUAGAUGGCACCGUGGCAGCUGGUGAUGAAAUCACAGGAGUGAAUGGGAAGUCCGUCAAAGGGAAGACGAAGGUGGAAGUGGCCAAGAUGAUACAGAUGGUAAAGGGAGAAGUGACGAUUCACUACAACAAGCUUCAGGCCGACCCAAAGCAGGGCAAGUCUUUGGAUAUCGUAUUGAAGAAGGUAAAGCAUCGACUGGUAGAGAACAUGAGCUCAGGGACAGCGGAUGCGCUGGGGUUAAGCCGAGCCAUACUUUGCAAUGAUGGACUAGUGAAGAGAUUAGAGGAGCUGGAGAGGACUGCAGAGUUAUACAAAGGCUUGACAGAGCACACGAAGAGUCUUCUCAGAGCUUUCUUUGAGCUAUCCCAGACACACCGAGCAUUUGGAGAUGUUUUCUCUGUCAUCGGCGUACGGGAGCCGCAACCAGCUGCCAGUGAAGCCUUUGUGAAAUUUGCUGAUGCCCAUCGCAACAUUGAGAAGUUUGGGAUUCACCUUCUGAAAACAAUUAAACCGAUGCUUACUGACUUGAAUACGUAUCUGAAUAAAGCCAUUCCUGACACAAGGCUGACUAUCAAAAAAUACCUGGAUGUCAAGUUUGAAUAUUUGUCUUACUGCCUGAAAGUCAAAGAGAUGGAUGAUGAAGAGUACAGCUGCAUUGCUCUGGGUGAACCCCUCUACCGGGUCAGCACUGGGAACUAUGAAUACCGCCUUAUCCUACGUUGCCGGCAGGAAGCUCGCACGCGGUUUGCCAAGAUGAGGAAGGACGUACUAGAGAAAAUAGAGCUCCUGGACCAGAAACACGUGCAAGACAUCGUGUUCCAGCUCCAGCGUUUUGUCUCCACAAUGUCCAAGUACUACGAUGACUGCUAUGCCGUGCUCCGAGAUGCGGAUGUCUUUCCCAUUGAGGUGGACCUUGCCCGCACUACUCUUAACUAUGGGCAGAAGGACACAUACACGGACGGGGCAGAAGAAGAAGAAGGAGGAAGCGAGAGAGAGGGUAGCAGGAAGGAGGAUGCAAAUAGUGAAAAGCUCAUUGAUGAUGCCUGAGUGUGCCGGCAUGGCCAGAGUAAAGACUUUGCAGACUGUUAUAAAAACAUGUAUUUCACAUGGC